CUACAGCUGUACCGACUUGGUUUAUGUGGAGAAGGAGCAACAAUUACCAAAAUUGCAAGUUUGUUUGGUAUUAGCGAUGGUGGAGUAAUACAAGUCAUGACCAACAGAGUCUUUGAUGCAAUUCUUAUAAGAAAAACAACUUUCUGCAUUGGCCGGACCCUAUAGAAGAACUGUCGCAACCAAUAAAUUUGCUUUGGGAAAUCAAAAUGUUAUAGUUAUAUACGCACAAUUAUACCAUACGGUAUACAAACAUAGCUUCUGGCUUGUAAUGGAAAACUGAACCACGAUCUUAGAGUCGAACAGAAGCUUGAAAUACACGUGCAUAGAUAUGUAUUAAUGUAAGCCUACGAAAUGCUCUUCAAACGCAUUUCAUCCAUUAAUUUACGAAGUAGACAAUAUGAACGACGAACGCGGCUUCCAUCAUCAACGAAGACCACCUGACGUCGAAGAGGCGCUUUCGUCCAUGCUUUGGAGGCCAUAUGAGCGUAACUCUAGUGAUAGUUCCUCCGACGAAGAAGAUCAGAAGGGGCGGACCAAGCGGUUGCGUAAACCCCAUAGCUAUUAUGAGCAUCGAAUCACCUACGAACCAUUUAUAUCAUCAUACUUUGGUGAUGAUGACCAGUUAGAACCAACAGUGGCGAUAACAACAACCCCGGAAAGUGCAACCAGCACCCUGCAAUCAAUACCUUUUGUGCCUUUUUCCAAUUUUUUCUACGACAAUGUGAACAACGACGAUACAUCCGGAAGUAGUCAGUGCGAACUCAAAGUAUUUGAGUCUAAUCAUAAAGAAGCUGGAAUAUAUAAAGACCGUUCUUUCCGAUUCUCAUAUCCGUACUAUGUCCCAAUUCCCAGCCUUAACAAAUGGUGGUCUGCGUCAACUACCUCAAAGGAGCCACCUUCUUAUGAAUCUCUGUACGUGAAGGAUUCAGCAACAGCGGUGGUACUCGAUACUGAUGACACAAGCUCAAGCUGUCAAGCUGAUACACUGACAGUAUUCCCUGACGGGCAAUACGAUUCUCUCAAAUGUGAUAAUUAUAAGGAAGAGCCAACUCAGAGAGAGGACUUUUUAAGUUUGAAUCAAGAGGACUCCCUUCAGGCAACGGGUCAGAUUAACUUGGAACUCGCUGUCCAUUUCAACAACAAUGUCCAAGUUGCAACGCAUGAACAAAGCAUUGAGGCAAGAGCAGGGGCUACGUUGCAGUGGGGCGACAAAAUGCAGCUGACGAAUGGCCGAUCACAACAAACUGAAAAGUACAACAUUACCAACAAUAACCAUGGCGAAGAUGAUGAUAACGAAUCGAUAGAGAAAAACCAACUAAAACGGUACCAUCAGUACAUACAAUCGCAAUUCACAAACAGCUCACAACCAAACACAAUGGCACGAGCGAUAGCUACAUCAGUCACAGGGGUUACGGAUAGCAGUAUAAAAGGAAAUGAAAGAUCAGAACCAAUAUCACACGAGAGAGAGGAGGUCAGUCAACCUGUUCCCUGCAUUAGCAGAAGCCAAAACCCCUUUCUCCUCUCGUAUUUACACAAUAGCAUCGUAAACAACCAGAAUUGUAGUAACAAUAACAACGACGCUCUACUCAACACAAUGCCAGUGGAUGUUAGUUGCCCCAACAGUGGUAGACAAAUGAACGCUGCUGCAAUAAACACAAUAACUAACUUAUUUGCCGUGGCUUGGAGCGACAAAGCGACAACAGCUGAGAGAGAAUGUGGUAGCCGCUGGGAAAGCCACUUCGUUGAACGACGUACUGCGCCACCAGUGGUUGAUGCAGUGACGAUCAUUCAGUCAGCGACGUGCUCAUUCGACGGUCGUGCUAGCGCGCAUCAUUCGCGAUCUUCGUUAGUUACCUUAUCGUCGUAUUCGAAUUUAUGGAAAAAGACGUUAAGCGGUGUAAGAUCAAAAGUCAAAAGAGCGACGCGGCCAAGUUCCGAAAACCUUCGUAACCCAUCCGUCUCACCACUGGAUACUCUUACACCCAAUAAAUGCUUGGCGGAACUCGAGCGCUUGUACGCUGAAUUUCGGGCGAGUGAAAGUGCGCUAGUGGCCGCUCGUAACGAUGCUGAUGAAAGCAGCAUAAGCAGUCACUGCCGCCAGAAAUGGCUUAGUCGAAGUCAAAGUGAUAGUGGGGACAGUGCUUGCGGCCAUGGUUGUGAAUUUUUGAACAACAACGACACCAAAAAAAUCAUUGAAUCCACGAACAAUAUGCGGCUCAACAUACCCGCCGCGGCGAAUACGUCAUUGUGUUCUCCACCCUCGGAGUCACAGGCGCAGCAAGUGCAUACGCUUAAAGUUUUGCCAGCCGGCAGUUCGAGCAGCGUCUUUCUAACUAGCUCCAACUGUGCGACCACAGGUUGUCUGACCAGUAAUAGUCGGGCGAAAAGUAGCAGCGACGAUCGAUGUAAGAAUCUGCUGCAGAAAACAAACAAUAAUAACGGUGACUGCUCCACUAAUGUGAGGAAUCAAGAAAUCAACCAUGACGAAGUGGUUGAUGUCAUUCGAAAUGACAGCAAGAGUAAUAACGCAAUGGUCGCGGUGUUGGCCUCGUCGGUCAUUCGGAGUCAGCCGAGCCUGACGAUACACGUGAAUUCGGAUAACAGUGAUCAAAAUAAUAAUAAUAAUUGCACUAAUAAUAAAAACAAUGCUAAUUGCAAUAAUGAAAAAAAUUAUUGUAAUGAUUGCGUCGGCGGAGAAGCCACGCCGUUGAAUGUAGGCGCACAACCAAAAAAUAUGGUUAAAGGCAAUGGCGUUAGUGUAAUCAAUUGUAAUUAUUCCAGUGUUAACACAAUCAACAAGAGUGCGUGCAAGUUGAGUGCAACUACUGCAAUCACAACAAUAACCACACCAGUGAGCAGUGUAAAUAUCAAUAAAAGUGUCAGUCAAGUCUGUCGAGUACCAAAUGUGCUAUGCACUGUCAGAAAAAGCGAUAGUUGUAGUAGUAUUAUUGGUGUUAGUGGUGCCAAAAAUAACGGCUUUGUGAUCAACAAUGUAAAUGUUGCCGACAGUGUAAAUAGUAUAAAUUCACAUGCUGGGUCACAUGGUCAGGAAAUGCGAACCCAACAGGUCCCAAAUAGUUCCACGACCAUACCUCUUAUAAGAUCGACGCCAUCAAUAGCAGUGUUAUCGCAGACAAUGGUGGAGACUCCAGCACCAACAAGUGUAUCUGUCGUCAUUUCUCAACAGCCACGUACGUUUACGUCAACAGAAUGUCAAACCGACGAGACCUUGUCCACGCAAAUGCGAACCGAUCGGGGUCCCGUCUCACCAGUUUUAAACCGCGUGCAAAGACGUCGCGACAGACGUGAACGACGGCUACUACUUCAGCAACUAUCUUCUUCCUAUUCACAUCAAUUACAUCUGCCUUCUCCCUUACGUCGUCCACAAGACCACCACUCAAUGCCUCCUGGACCAGUACCUAUUACGGGUAUAGCCGCGAUGCAUUUGCAAUCCAAUAUACAACAUUCAGCGGGGUCUUCCACUACCACGAUGCCUGCAACAAUUUCUACGCUGUUACGGCCUAUGAUACCGGAUCUAUUACAAAGGCAUUUCCCCCCACCCUAUAGUGCGUUGCCAUUAAAUGGCUGUGCAUUAACGGCGACAACAUCGCCUCCUCCUCACCCAAUAGUAGGACUUGUGCCACCACCAGGGACAACGCUCAUUACGCCAGUGAUAUCAACGGUUCCUAUGCCAGGUAGUGCACCACCAGUCGCAAAUGAUGGCCGAUUUACUUUGCCACUGCCAAUUAUAAGAAG